AUGAGGCAGCUUAAUGUACAGAACCAACUAAUAUUAUACCUUUAUUUUAUUAACCGAAAAAAAUAAUACUUAUUGGUGAUCCUAAAUAAUUACCAGCAACAACUUUUAAUUCAAAUAAUAAUAUUAAUAAAUACAGUAGAAGUUUAUUUGAAAGAAUAAUAGAUAAUGGAAUUCAGCCAUAUUUUUUAAAUACUUAAUAUAGAAUGCAUCCUUUGA